UCUAACAAAAUAUUAUUAGAAUCUUCUUCGGAGAAUGUAUUUAUUUCAAAUGAAUACGAAACAUCAAGCGAGGCAAUAGAUAGUAGCUAUGAAACACCUGUAACGCAAAUAGCAAUUUCCAAAAAAGAUAACAAUACAAAGCCAUUUAAUAAAGAAAGUGAAUUUUCUUUUGAGCAAGAACAACUUGAGUCAAGUAAAGAAGAUAUUACUAAAGAUAGAAUGAAAGUAAUUCCAAUUGGAAAUAAAAAUAGAACUCGUAAGCCUUAUCCCAUUCGCAAUGAUGACAAAAAGUCAAGCACAAGCAAAUUUAAGCUUCCAUCUAAGACUGUACCUGUAAUUAGACCUACACGAACACUAUCUCGAUCGGAACUUUCUUAUCCAACUAGGUUAACUUCAAUCAAAAAAAUUAUAAGACCACUACCUUCCAAACCAUUAGCUGUUUUCCCUACUAAUAUUCUAGAAAGCUCUGAAUCGCCCAUAGAAGAAGAGUAUAUUAAGCCCACUGAGGUUCUUAAAGAAGAACAAGUAUCAACAGAAGCUAUAGAAAUACCGUCUAUUAUUGAAAAUACAUCUACUUUUACCAUUAAUAAAGACCCAAUGGCGUCGAAUAUACAUAAACAACAUCAUGCUGGAAAUGAAAUUAAGAUAUCUGAUGAAAUUAUACCAACAAAGACAGAAUUUAGAACAACUAUAAUUACCCUCACCAAAACAUUAUCAGAACCACCUCAAAUAGUUUCAAGCGUUGGAUAUAUAAAUCUUACGCACACAUUGACCGUAACUCAUACCAAAACUACUUUAGUUAGUCAAUCUGAGGGAGCUGUCACGCAAACAUUGAUACUAACCAACACACACACUUCUACAAUAGUCGACGUCGUAACGGAAAUAUACACUAAAGUACAGCCAACUACAAUUGUAGAAACGGUCACUAAGCAUAUUCCUAUUCCUCAAGUAGAAGCAACACCUACCCUCGAUUCGUCAUUACCAACAAAGAUAGCCCUUGACGACAUCACUAUGUCGUCAGAAGAAAGGGACAACUUCAUUAUAAGAGACAAUGAUGUUACUGAGAAUAUUCAAAAAAUUGAAGUAGAAGAAGAAAAAGAUAGUGACACGUUCUUUGUUGUUAUGAACAAAUCACAAAAUGGUGGUAAAUCUCCACCUAUUCCAGAUAUUGAUACAGGAGAUUAUGACGGUGUUACUAGAAAUGAACAAGUAAACAAUAACGGAGUGUCACAAGUAUUAUUCGGAGAAAUACUGUUAGCUGGCACGCCUUACUUAGAAACUACUAAUGUUGUGCAUCCCACGGGUGUUGGAUAUGGAAAAGAAUGCCAACCAGACUGCAAGGCUUCAAGAAACGAAAGGUGUCAAAGAAUAGACGGCAUUAUGAAAUGUGUAUGCAGGCCCGGUUUUGCUAGAAUGUUCCCUGACAGACCUUGUAAACCUACUUAUACAUACUCAGUUCGAUUAGCGUUAGGAUCACAGGGCAAUGAACGGUUGAAAUUCCAUACAAACUUGUCUAAUAACUCCAGUAAGGAAUAUCAUAGCUUAGCAGUUGCCACCCACGAAGGCAUUAAUAGAAUGGUUAUGCAGUCUGACCUGCGUGACGUUUAUCAUGGCGUACAUAUAACUGGAUUCCAUCCCAUUGAAAUGAAGACACCGCUAGAGGAAACAUACCAGGGUGUCAUUAAUGAUUUCUAUGUACAGCUCUCAGACAACGCUCAUGAGAGUCGACUCAAAGAAGUCAUAGAGAAAUAUCUACGAAAUAACAACUACAGCCUUGGUGGUACAGAAGUACACGCAGCAGAAGAGUUCAUAGACAGGCUAAAUGUUAGCGAUUUUGACGAAUGCAUCAGCGCCCACUUCCACGAUUGCUCAGAACACGCUCGGUGUUUCAAUCUCCGCGGGACAUACACUUGCAGUUGCUUGGAAGGUUUUGCGGAUCUCAGCGUCAACACAUUGUACCCUGGGAGAAUAUGUUCUUCUGAUGCGGUUGGAUGCGCUGGCUGCAACUACCAUGGAACUUGUUUCGAGCGAGAGAGUGCCAUGAUUUGCGAAUGCUUUAAGUGGUAUGCAGGUAGAACGUGUCAAGUAAAUCUAAAAGCUGUGUUAAUAACAGUAACGGUAAUCGGACUGGUAAUCAUACUCGUGGUGACCAUUUGGGCGUCAAAGAGGUGUUGCUGUCAAAAGGGUCCCGCCACGCAGACCUUUGUGAUCGGCUGUAUGCAAGGAAUGCCUACCUUACAUCAGGGAAAUAUACCUUCGAAGCAAAGAGCUGACAGACGAGCAUUGAUAGCUGAGAGAAUGGAGGCAGCUGAAACCUGUAGUGUACAAAACACUUCCUUACCAUACAUCCCGUCAAAGGAGCAUACUUUUGCGCAGUCUCGCUCGCGCUCGUCGUGCAGUCGUCAGUGCGCAGUGUCGGCGCCGCCUGCGCACGCGCCGCCGCCUCCGCCCGCGCCUGCGCUCAUGAUCCCACGCGCGCGUCUACAUCCGCUACACUCAGACAGUCGCGAUAAUUUAUCUAGAAAGAAGAGUGCGGAAAUAUGCAGUGAAGCAAAAUUGAUAAGUUAUUUAGAAUCCGGAGCUACUAAUGCUACGGACGAAAUGCGUAGAAAACAUAGUAUGGAAUCGUCCUAUAGCGUCAAUAAAGAAAGAUCCAACAAACAAGGAGCAUUAGUAUCAGCGGGAUUCAAAGUGUCAACGACAGUUCGUCCUGACGAAUCCGUGAAAGAAGACCGGGAUGACGCCUCGUCUAUAAACAAGACUGAUUUAGAAGCAGAUAUGUCUCGCUUCGACACGCUUCGGAAGACUUAUAGUCAAGAAGACUUAUCCGAAUGGACAGACGCAGAGCGACGCAUCGGUGAACUUACAUUAUCAGAAGCCCGGUCAGUGGGAGGAACUUUACCAGCCAGUACUGGUAGAGCGGCCUCAUCGACCAGACUAACUCAUCAGGAGGCAAACACAAUGGCUGAACGAGAUCUCGGCUCCACUUUCCUACUGCCCCACGUGCACCUCUAUAAAUCUGAUCUUACUAGCGACGUAUCGGAGUUUGAUUCCCUGUGAAGACUGUUUAUUUAUUUAUUUAAAUAUAAUUAAAUUGUCAUUAACAUAGAGGCUAUUAGUUUUUGAAAUAGAUAAUUAAAAUUGAUACAUUAA